GUGCACUGUACGCAUUUGAAAUAUCGUCCUAUCUUGACGAGACUGCGAGAUAGAUCCGGUUGAACCGGGUGUCAACGAACUGUCGAUCGGACCGCUCUGGCAAUAAGGAAUCUAUCGCCAUAUACUCCACCUGUUCACGUUGUCCGGUCGAGCACGGUUAAAGGCCUGCCGCUUCGAACCUUUCCACUGCAUGUCGAAUUCCUCCACUACCGACCUCGUAUGUGAUUCGUAUUUCACAACCGCAUGUUUGACACCUGGUAGCAUUGCCUACAAUAAUGUCGAUCUCGAAUCCAGCACCCGUCAAAGCGAAUCCGUCGCCGGGCGAGGUUGCGCAAAGCUCUACUGGCUUCGUGGAGCAUGAUCAAGUCAUCACGCUUUAUGCGGUGACUGGAGUAUUCUUGACGUUGGCAGUAAUCGCUGUAGCAUGUCGUGCCGCCGUGCUCGUAUUGAAGCGUAGCAGAGGCGGAUGGGAUGACUGGACGACAAUUUUCUGUCUUGCCCCGACAGCAGCUCUUGCGGCGGUGACGAGCGUGCAAGCCAAUUCGAUAUACAAGGGACCGAAACCAGACCAAGCGCCGUUCGCAUGGCUCCAGCGGAUUUUGAUUGAAACAUGGGUCAUCCAGAUCCUGACGAUCACAUCGCUGUAUGUCUUCAAGUUGUCGAUUUGUAUCAGAUAUCUCCGGAUCGCAAACGAUCUCUACGACUGGUUCUGGCGCUUGACGAUGGCUAUGAUUGCCCUGCUUUCAGCACACUACAUUAGCUCAUUCGUGACAUGGGGAGUACAAUGUGUUCCGGCCAGGAGAUAUUGGGACCCUUCAGUGCCGGGCUCUUGUAUCAAGCAGUCCUCAUGGAUUCUAUCGGUGAAUGGCGUCAAUCUUGCAACAGAUGUCAUGGUCCUGGUCCUUCCGAUAUAUCCCGUCGCAAAGCUCAGGCUACCACCCAAGCAGAGGCUUGCCAUUCUCGCGAUCUUCACAGUGGGUGGCUUGUCCACGAUAGCAGGAUGUCUCCGAUUCUAUCAUCUCUACCGUUUUGAUAGGAUGAUUGGUAGUCUUGGAGCGAACACAUUGGACAUCGAGAUCUGGUGCUUCAUCGAAAUCACCCUUGGCAUGUUCUGUGCCUGCAUGCCUGCGUUCCGAACUCUGUAUACAUUCUGCCGCUAUGGCAGACAGAAGCCAUGGACACCUGAGAAGACCACAUCGCAAGGCAAGACCAGCGAGUCGUCUGCGCGAAACCGCUUCAAUUUCUUGAGCAAAAAUAAGUUGGCUCCCAAGAUUUUGCGCUCCAUCCAGGCAUCGGGUUUCGAUGUCGAACCUGAUAUCGAAAGGGUGUACCAGCAAAAUCUUGACGGCAUCGAAACCACCCGAGGAGGCCGUCAAGCCUCGAUAGGUACGAGCUUGACAGCUACUGAGACGGGAAGCACCAGCAACAAGAAGCGACCGUAUGAGAGCGACUGA